AUGUCUGCUACCCUAACAGGAAUUGCUAGGCGCGUCUAUGCCGUAACAGGUGGUGCAUCUGGCAUGGGAGCGGCAGCCGUACGUGAACUUGCGCGUCAAAACGCCUCCGCCAUUUGGAUUGCAGAUUGGAACGACAAAGCAUUCAACCAUUUCACCGCUGAGAUCAAAAACAUCAAUAAUUCAACGAAAGUGUACACGACUAAGGUUGAUGUUUCUGACUCUAAAGCCGUCGAUGCAUGGAUCGAAAAGGUUGUCGAGGUUUCAGGUGGCCUCCACGGCGCCAUCAAUCUGGCCGGGCUUCCCCAAUCUGCUCCUCGGACGGAGGAAUUCACAAGUGGUAAAGUGCCAGCCAUUGUCUGUGAACCCGACCAUGAAAUCGACAAGAUCACAGCGGUCAACUGGAAAGGUGUCGUCUACUCCACUCGGGCAGAGGUCCGCGCCAUGCUGAAAAUGCCCAAGGGGAGCAACCCAGCGAUUGUAAAUAUUGCUAGUUUGGCCUCAAUAAACCAUGUCCCUGUAAUGUUUACAUACGGAGCAACAAAGGCCGCUGUCGCACAUUUUAGCGGUCAAGUCGCUGCAGACGUGGCUCGUUUCGGCAUACGUUGUAAUGCUGUCUCUCCAGCAAUGAUUAACACUCCAAUGCUUGAUACAUUUCUUGGUGGGAUGCAGAACUCUGAAGCAAUGAAAGAGGCAGGUAAAGGACUCGAACCGAUUGAGCCAGAACAUAUGGCGAAGGUGAUGGUCUGGUUGCUCAGUGACACAGCGUCGCAUGUUAAUGGUCUUAAUAUGCUUCUUGGAACCACUCCAUCGUAA